AUGCUCCUCCUGAACUUCGCCACCAUCGUGGCCGCAGCGGUUUCGCUGGUCUCGGCCGCGGUGCCCAACUCGCCCCGGUUCGACCUCACCAAGCCAUCCUACGAUCUCUUCCGCAGCAAGCCGCUCCACGACGACACGGUGCAGCAGGGGUUCGCCUUCGACAACAAGAACCGGCGGCUGUUCGUGUCGCAGCGGCGCAACGGCGCCAGCGCCGCCUCGGGCGACCUCACCAUCACGCAGCUCGACUUCAAGGGCAAGAAGCUCGGGCACAUGUACCUCAAGGGCUUCGGGCACGGCGUGUCGUUCGGCGCGCAGGGCGUGGGGUCGGCGACGUACCUGUGGACCGAGGUGGACGCCAACAGCAAGGGGUACGGCAAGCGGCUGGCGCGCUUCAAGUUCGUCAACGGCGCGACGCGGACCAAGUCCUCGAGCAGCCUGCAAAAGUUCGCGCCCGUCGCCGCCGGCAAGGAGCACACCUGCGCAGUCGACACGGUCAACAACCGACUAGUCGUCCGCUACCACACCAGCGCGGGCAAGCGCAUCGCGGUCUUCGACCUGGCCGCCGCGACCAAGGGCGACUUCUCCAACCCGCUCGCCGACUUCAAGCAGCCGCUGCCCAAGACCAAGGCCAAGAACUUCCAGGGCUACACCGCCUACGGCCGCUACCUGUACCUGCUGUGGGGCGACUCGUACGACGUCAGCAAGGAGCUCAACUCGCAGGUCGCCACCGUCGACAUGAACACGGGCAAGGUCGUCCAGGGCCCCGUCAUCACCCGCGCCGGCUCGACGCUGUCCUUCCGCGAGGCCGAGGGCAUGGCUAUUUACAAGACUGCUGCGGGACAGGUGCGGCUGUUCUUGGGGUUCGCGUCGGGCAAGCCGGGCGAUCGGAGGUCGAACCUUAUGGAGAAAUAA